GGCGAGGGACCGAGUAAGCAAGCGGCGAAAAGUCCCGCAGAUGGAGUGCGUGCAGAGCGAGGAAAAGGAAUCAAAGAACAGCUAGAGAGAUUUUUAAAAUUACCCAUGAAGGAGAACCGAGCAAAAUAAAAUACCCGAGCUCAAAACAUUGGCGGAUGCUCUUGAACUUUUUUUGAGUCUUAUGCAGAUGCAGAAGAAUAGAUGUAUGCACACUUUAAAACGAAGCGGAUUGGUAAAAAGUUGAAUCAAAUAUCGAAAGCCUCCAAAACUAACUUUCUUCCAGGGAACCAGUGUGGACUCGGCGAAACUGCUUUAUUGAUUGCGCAGACACGGGAGCUUGGUGCAAUAUGGAUUUGUAAUUAUAUUUCUUCGGAGGAUUUUCUUUUAUCUUGUUCCUUUUUUUGGAAUUUGUUACGUUUGCAACUGGGUUCCGUCCACGGAUUUUCCUUUUCCAGUUAUUUCUUUUACUUUUUGUUUUGACAUAUUUAAGACAUUGCUUGAUUUUUUUCACGAACGUAACAAACUUUUAUUAGGGUAGGAAUGGAAGGAAUGGUCCAGCAUUUAUUCUUGUUUUAUAUGAUCUUUCUGGGAGGCGUGUGGAGUGUCACCUACCCGCAGAGAUACAGCCUGUACACUGGGCAGAACCAGCUAGCGUCGGCACAGGCGCAGAACGGGCAUCGGGCUACCAGCAGGCACAGGAACUGGUGUGCAUAUGUGGUGACCCGCUCAGUGAGCUGUGUAGUGGAGGAUGGUGUGGAGACCUACGUAAAGCCAGAUUACCAGCCAUGUUCUUGGGGACAGAUUCAGUGUCCUCACAUUGUGACGUACCGCAGUUUCAUGAGACCAAGGUAUAAAGUAUCUUACAAACUAGUUACUGAACUGGAAUGGAAAUGCUGCCAUGGAUUCUCAGGAGAUGACUGCAGUGAAGGACCAGCAGAGGGACAGUCUCAUGACACCAAGAUCACCACACACCGGCCAAGACCCAAACCACGCCCAGGACUGUCAGGUUCAAAGCCAACAGUUACGCAAAUUGGAGGGGAGGGAAGAGAUGAUUCUGAUAAAGUGAAGCAGCUGGAAGAUAAAAUACAGAUCCUUACUAAAGAUCUUCAUAAUCUUCAAUCCACUUUGCAUGGGAUGAAUGAAAAAUUCCAGGAAGAAAUUCGUAGAACGCUAACCGUCAUCAAUGGGAAACAACCUGCUGAUGCUCCACAGAUGAAAGACACCAUACAUGAUAUUCAAACAAGGUUAAAUCAACUGGAUAUACGUAUUCAGAAACAUGAUGUAGAUUUGACCCAUUUGAACAAUCAUUCUCAAAAUAAUGGAGAGAACUGGGGCAACAUCAUUGAUUAUUCAGAUACAAAAAUGAAUCAGAAAAUGGAAGAUAUGAGAGGUGAAGUACUAAAUGAAUUGGAGAGAAAAGUCAAGCAGUCUUGCUCAGCUUGCCAAUCCAGUUUGGAGGACAUGAAGAGACAACAGACAAAAGACAGAGAGAAAAUUAGUAGCUUGGAAAGACUCAUCAACUCUUUGGAACAAAGAAACAGACAAUCCGAGUGCUGCACCCAAAUGGACCACUUUAAAACUAAUAUGAAGGACAUUGAAAACAGGUUAAAUUCUAUGUCAGCGGCUUAUGAUACUUUGAAUAUCCGUUUUGAUAAUGAGUUUGAUGAAUUCAACAAAGACUUGAUUCUGAACAUUGAAAAGAAAAUCAGUGGACGCCUUGACACAUUAGAAAGCCAAUGUAACAAAACAGAAAAAAACACAGAGAAACAUUUUCUCUUAGUUCAAAAUGACUUGAACGAUAAAUUUCAAAAGGAAAUCAAUGACCUAAGGUAUGAGUUUACUGAUAGAAUGGAUGAGACUGAAGGAAAGCUGUCCAGUAUAAUGCAAAAUGUUGGUGGCUUGAAAGAUAAAGUCUCUGAACAUGAGGAAACAUUAGACAGACUCUUUAUUACUACGUCUGAUAUGGAAUAUCAGCUGGGAUCUGCUGUUAAUAUCUGUUCUGCGAUAUGUGAGAAAAAAGAGGAUUCUUCAAAAAUGUCUGAUGUUGUAAAGAAUCUGGAGUGGAAAGUAACAGCUAAUGAAGGAGAGAUUAAAAAUUUUAGAACUGUAAUUAAAGACCUUUCAGUCUCAGGGGAUUCACUGAGGAACUCAGUUGUUGAUCUUAGUCAUGAUGUCAGGAAGCUAAAGGCAUUCAAUGGUGCCAGCGCUGGUGACUUAAAUAAGGUGGCUGAAGAUGUUCAGAACCUUCAGAAUGAAUUUGACGCUUUAACAUCUACUAGUUUUACAAUCUGUAAUUCUGUGAAAGACCAAAUGAUCACUCAUCAAAACCAUACAGAGAUUUACAUUGAUAAAUUGUCCUCUGAUCUGAAUAAAUUACGCAAUCGUGUAGACUCUGGAGAUACCACGUGCGCUCAAGUGUGCUCCAAUCUACAAGAAGAAGUUGGGAAAUUAAAGGAAGAUGUAGAAAAAUGCAGCGGACAGUGUAAAAUAAUUCUGAAUAAGCCAAACAGAGGGGAAGAAGGUGAAAGCGAUCCCUUGGAUGGACAUAGUGUCAUCAGUGGAACAUCCAACGCCAACCUGAAAUCGAUUCAAGGAGAACUUUCUGAAGUCAUCCUGUCCUUCAGCUCAAUUAAUGAUACACUGAAAGGUCUGGAGCAUACCGUACAAAAGCAUACAAGUGUGAUCCAUGACUUGGGUACUACUAAGGAUAAAAUUAUUUCUGAAAUAGACAAAAUCCAGCAGGAGGUAAAUGAACAUAUUGAAGACAGUAAAGGUAGAUUUGAUCAUGUUCAUCGGGAAAUUCAUCGGUUUGGUAGCAACUUUAUGGUCGAAAUGGGAGACUGUAAACAUUCGACUGAUGGCCUGGAAAAAAGGAUAGCAAAAAUGGAGAACCUUUGUGGCAAGCUUGAUACAGUGUCAGGAAGCUUAGAAAAAAUUAAGGAUGGCCUAAACAGGCAUGUAUCAAGCCUUUGGAACUGUGUCAAUGGGUUGAAUAAAACGGUCACUACACACAAUGCAUACUUCGACACUAUCCAGAACACACAACUCCAUGGAAUUAAUCAGAGACUGAACAUUCUGAACAGUUCCCUUCUUCAUAUGUUCUAUGAGUUUGAAAAUUUCACUCUGCAAGACUUCCAAGGACUACCUGGCCCACCUGGACCUCAAGGUGAGAGAGGUCUGCAGGGCCCAAUGGGCCCAACUGGUCCUCAGGGUCCCCCUGGUAAAGAUGGAACCCCAGGCAAGCAAGGACCACCAGGUCAAAUGGGUCCCCCAGGACUGAGAGGUGAACAGGGUCCUCGUGGGACAAAUGCAGAUAUUCCCAAAAUUGCAUUCUCAGCAGCUUUACAAAAUGACCAAAUGGCUACUGGCACAGUCAUUUUUGAUAAAGUCCUAGUGAAUGAUGGAAACUUUUAUGACGAUUCCACUGGAAUAUUCACUGCACCUGUAAGUGGACGUUACUUCUUCAGUGCUAUUCUGACAGGCUUCAAUAAUGAGAAGAUUGAAGCAGUGCUGUCUAAAUCCAACUUUGGAAUCGCAAGAGUGGAUUCUGGUGGAUUUCAGAUCGAAGGACUUGAAAACAAACCCAUAGCCGAAAACAAACAAACACCUGGCUCACUGGCUGUCUUCAACAUCAUCUUGCAUUUGAACGAAGGAGACACAGUCUGCAUUGACCUAGUCAUGGGCAAACUGGCAUUCUCUGAUGAGCCGCUUACAAUUUUCAGUGGGGCCCUGUUAUAUCAAGAUGAGUAGUGCAGCUCAGUACUGCUGGAAGGACAGCUGUUGUUGUUUCAGUUGAUAUCUAAUAAAAUAAUAAACACAAGAUGAUAAUGGGCUAGUGGAGCAUGCCAUAUCAUAAAGCAGAUACAAUUCUGAAAAUAAGCUGUGGAAUAGCUGACACUGAGACAUGCCUUCAUCUUUCCUGAUUGUCCUACUGGCUCUAGUGGAUUUUAAUUCUUCUGAACAAUUUUUCCAUUUGACUUUUUGUAAUUUUGUAUGAUGAAGUUUCAAAAAUGAAAAAAAUACUUUGCUGUAAAGAAGGUUGAAAAGUUCAUAUUUUUACUUCCAAGCUUUUAGGUAAUUAAAACAAAAGUGUGUAUUAUUUAACAAAGAAUUUCACUGCCAACUCUUGGUCCUCUAGUAAUUUUUCUUGUUUUUUCUUUCUUGUUUUAGAAUAGCAAAUGUAAACAUUCAGAAACAUGCCAUGCCAACCACUAAUAAAAAUAGCGUUAUCUAUUUUUUAUUGCUCACCAGGCAAAAGGUGUCACACAUAAACUUUAUCAUGUUAAAGUAAAAACAAGGCAGACAGUUGUAUGUUCCAAUUCUUUUGAUGUUACAGAGCUUUAAAUGUUGUGUCUGAAUUGUUUUGUGGCCUUUGUGUUCAUUUUGUCAGGUUAGACUGUAAACUAAACACUCUGAGGAUGUGUUUGAGAAAUAUUUGUUAUUUAAUCAUGCAUGCUUUCACACUUGUAAAAUGGAAAAAAUGUUACUUUACGUUUACAGCUGUUGAUAUUAAAGUAUUGGGCUGCCUACAAAGCCAUUAUUAAGGGUUCUGUUUACUGUGAAAACCUGAAGGUUUCUCUGGUAGCCAUAUAAAAUGCAAAUCUGGCAACAUUUAAAUGACUUGACAGAGAACUGAAUAGUAGAUAGAAGUGGGGUCUGGCUGUUACAGUUGUGACUGAAGGUGACAAUUUGAACAAGUUAAUGAAAUAGUACAUGUCUGAAUAGGGAAAACUAAACAAUUUGCUUAACUAUAAAUUUAAGUCUUAUUUAUAUUCUUUAAAAUCCUUUCCCUCAAAAAGCAGUUGCAGUAUGGGCAUUCUCCUGUACUGCUAAAAUAUUGGUCCUUGGUGAGGGUAUUAUAUAAAUAACCAAAGAAAACUGAACCCACCAUUCAUGGAUGCAUGAAACACAUUUACUGGAUUUUGUGCUUACAAUAUAGCAUAUGGUUGAACCUAUAGGAACACUGGAGAAGAACUGUUUAAAAAUGAGUCCUUCAAAUGGACAAUUCAGGAGAAAGCAUUGCACACAAUAAAUAACAUGUCAACUAUUUAAUCUCACCAAAGUCCUUUUUCCAUUUGCCAGCCUUUUGUGUAUCUUCCUUUUAUGCAUUUAAUUGUUUUGAGAACAUGGUCCUACGGCCAGGUUAUAGCCAAUAUCUCCUUUUGCACUCUCUUUUAAGCAAUAUUAAGAUUUUCUAAGCUACUAAGCUAAUUCAAAUCUCAAGAAAGGUCCACCUUUUUUUUAAUAGGAUAAAUAAUAAAAUUUAAAUUCUAUUAAAUAUGACCCACAUCUCUGCAACGAACCUUACUAACAUCUAUAUAUGAUUUUAUAAUACAAGUGUAGAAUGUGAAACAAAGAAUACUCUUCAUUUUUUACUUAAGUUGGUAACACUUCAAUUUAGGGAUUGCAAAAAUGCAUCUAUUACUCAUUUACUCUUAUGUAACAAGACCUUAACAAAGUCUUCUUUUGGUCUUCAUAACACUUAUGAAACAUCAGCAUAUUGGUUAUUCAUCUCUGUGGAACGUGACAAAAGGACAUGAUGGUAAAAUUACUUGAUAAUAUGAAGGAUUUAUAGGUCUUAUACCAAAUAUGUAAUAUGAAGAGAAAAGUGUCUCAGUUAAGCCACCUCAGAGCACCCCAAAGUGAAGUUUUAUUAGAAGGUCACAUUACAGAGAUGAAUAAACACUUUACUGAUGCUUCGUAAGUGUUAUGAAGACCCAAAGAAAUACAUGUUAAAGUCUUGCUACAUAAUAGGAAAUGAGUAAUCGAUGCAUCUUUGCAGUACCCAAACUAAAGUGUUACCAUUAAGUCUAACCAGAUGCACAGAGCAGAUGAACACUAUCAGAUAAAUAAGCAAAGGUCAGUUUAAAGUUCAAUGUAUAACUAACUUUAAAGAAGGAUGAGUUUUAAUAAUGGAAGUAUGAAUUGUUAGGUUGAAUAAAAUUGUUAUAAAAUUUAGAUUAACUGAUAAAAUCAUCCAUUUCCUAAACCCAGUAUCUGCUGGAAAUGCUGGAGCUGAGAUUCUCAUUACAGGUGUCAUGAUUUUGUCAUUACUAUUAUUUUUUGGUUAUAUUCUGUCCUUUUCGAUUCCGUUUGCCUAAUAUUCUUUGCUUUCUGUUAUGGUAUAUUUAUUCUAUCGCUAUGACAGUGACAUCACCACAUCACCAUAUUUGAUUGUGAUUUUAUCACAAAAAACACCAGAUUACGCAGAAUGUUCUGGCCAUAUUACAUACAGCAACAGAAUCCAUUGCUACAAAGUAUCUGCUACUAUUAUUUUGCCUGAGAUCAUUGCACAACCAGUAUUUAAGAUGGUGGCGCAGUAUGUUCACUGUCCACGUUUAUCUAUAUUUAAAAAAAAAAGCAAUUUAGUAAGGGAAAGGACUUUUUGCUUUGUUUUUGGCUAAGACUUUUAACACACCAUUUUUGAACUGCCUCCAGGUUUUUGUUCCUUCUAAUUUUGAUCUUUUGCUUUUUAAAUGCUAUUCUUUUCCUAGUCUCCCUUUGUCAGUUCUAUUUUCUUUCUUUCUUACUUUCUUUCUUUGGCAUUGAGCUCCUCACAACACGGACUUUUAUUCUGACACCUACAUUUUGGUAUAUUUUAUUAUGUGCAUAUUCUAUCACUCGGUAGUUUUAGGAAUAGGAGUCUGCAGGUGUAUCAAGUCUUCUGAAAACUGUGUGCACCACACUAUAUUAUAUGAUAUGCUGUAUUAUAGAAGAAUAGGCUAUGUUUGCAAAAUAAAAGAGGAGCCAACCAUUUAUUGACUUUUAAAAGGACAAUGGAUGGGUGUCCACGGCUAACAAGAACCUAGAAAAAUGGGUUUCAGCAAAUUGUGAUACUCGUGCAAAAAUUUAGUAAGCAAAUAUUUUUUCAGAACAAACAUACUCUUGUAAAAUAUGUUGUCAUUCAAAAGUGUCAACAUUAAGACUGCAUUUCUUGAUUACUUUUGUACUUUUACUUAAUGUUUUAUAAAGGGGCACUGGUAUAAUUUAAAAACACUUUAUGAUUGCAUAAAUGACUUAACUGUAUCAUGUUAAAAUUUAUAUUAAUUGCUAUCAUUUGCAAACUUUCAAGUAACAUGACACUGUAGUGUAGAUGGAAAAAGAAUAGCAGUCCAACCCCCGAUUUGCCACAACAAUUGAAAUUAAUCGUUUAGACGAAUUUUAAAAAUUCAUAUAGAACUACUCAGGUUAUAAUUUAACAUAAGAAAUACUUCUGAUAAAAAUACAAUAAGCCACAAUAUUUUAAAAUCAGAAAUAUUUCUAAUAAAAAUCCACUAAGCCACAUUCCUCUCUCAUUCUCCUUUAUUGAAUUAUAAUGAAUCUUUUAGCAAUAUAACCCUAGAGGUUCAGCACUGUAUAUCAUCUGAAUUUCAUUAAAGUGACUUUUAUUGUUUUGUUUAAAUACUCAAGAGUUUCACUGUAGAACUAUGCAACGAUCAAUUCAAAUCUUAAAAAGAUACCAUGUCAGAAAUAAUAAGGUAUGUGACUUUAAAAUAAACUUUGCUUGCAUUACGCACUGACAUAACUUUAGAAAAUACUUUAUAAACAACAUUAAUUGGUGCAUAACUCUUAGAAAUAUUCAGUUAUUAACCACAAACAGAUACACAAAGAAGCAUUUUCAUAGCACAGCAUAUCAAAUCAGUGGUAUACAUUUACAAUACCGGUGGCCUUUCUAUGUGUGUCUGUGCUCACUUGUGCACUGUAUGCUAUUCAGGGAUAUUCAAAUAUAGCAGGUUGAUUUUAAAAUGAAGAAUUGUUUUUUCAGUGACUCAGCAUGGUAAUAUUAUCUGUUUUCCCAGUAUCAGAGUUUUUAUUAUUUAGCCUAAGGUGCAUAUCUGGAGGCUCUAUAUACAGUACUACACUGUACAGUAAGACUUCACUUUUCCCUAAAUGGUCUUGUAUAUUAGUUCAGAGGCAGCAUUGCAAGGGAGUAUUAACUGUUUAUUUAACUCAUUUGCAAAUGUUAGAUGUAGUACAAUCAAAGCAGAAUUCUUAGAAUUUUCUGCAUUUAUGUUAGACAUUAGGAAGUUGUAAACUGUUUCUAAGCAACUCUGUUAGCAGCCACCAUUCAAAUAAAUUUUUAUCUCUGACAGAGCUCAGAGGCUUUUUCAUUGCUGUACUUAUAAAAUCUGACUAUGUGAAAACAGAAAUGUUUCUUGAGAUUGUAUAGGUUUUCCGAGUCUGUGACAAUUUUUGUUGUAAGUGUAUGGAUUCCUUUUUUACUUUGCAUCCAAAAAAUGUAUAUUGAAGUGAAAACACUCCAUAAAAACGUAUCUUAAAACUUGAAGACCAAAUAAAAGCUUUCCAAUUAUUCA